UUGACCAAUAACUUUCAUGUGUGUAUGUUCCCUCCUAAAUGGGAGGAGUUUAUCUGAACAUACAUAAAGUGAAAGUCUGAAUCUGACCAAAGAUGCUCACAUCUCGGGACAGGACGAAAAUCAUAUCAGAGACAAGUUCAACUCACCGGGAAGCUAAACUGAAGGUAUAACAGAAAAGUAUGGAUCCAGUGGGAGUGAAUGUGAUAGAAAAGGCAGCUCUUGGAAGACCCUUCCAGCUGGGCAUGCUAUAUGACUGCAGAAAGGAUGCAUUAAUACCAGGAAUCAGACUUUGGAAUAAAGAGCAGCUGCAGCAGAAUAUUUGCACUUGUCCUCAAAUUAAUACAGAAUUCAAUGUCACAGCUUCAGACUCCAUUCAGGACAAAUCGAAAUUGCUAAAUAUUGAUGGUGGACUUAAACUGAGUUUUUUAGGUGAUCUCAUCCACGUUAGUGGAGCAGCAAAGUAUCUCAGUGACACAAAAACAUCUUUCAAACAGCAGAGACUUACGCUACAUUAUCAUUCAACAAGCCAAUUUAAAGAAUUGACUUUGAACUAUUUGCCUUUUAGAGAUAUGGCUGAUGAUGAUCUAGAUAUAGCCACACAUGUGGUGACAGCAAUCCUGUAUGGAGCAGACGCCUGCUUUGUGUUUGACAGAGAAGUUUCUUCAGAUGAGGACAAAAGCACAGUAGAAGGAGACGUAAAAGUGGCUCUUGAGAAACUGCAGGGCGCUGUUUCAGUAGGUGCAAAUGCUGUUCUAAAUGUGAAUCACAGUCAACAAACUGCAGUCAAAAAAUUCACAUGUACAUUUUAUGGCGACUUUCAGCUGCCGUCUAACCCAACGUCUUUUGAAGAUGCUUUGAAAGUUUUCACUGAUCUUCCAGAACUGCUGAAAGAUAAUCAAGAGCUGGCGAUUCCACUGAGAGUUUGGCUUUUUCCUCUGAGCAACCUUCACAAAAGAGCUUCAAAACUCCAUAAAGACAUCCGCAUGGAUCUUAUCAUGAAGAUAGAAUCAGUGAUUGAGAGUUUAAAUACAACUGAGAUGAAAUGCAGUGAUCUUCUGAAAGACUCGCCCGCUCAGACAUUUGUUGCAUUUCAUGAUAAAAUUCUAAAUAUGAGGCAAAACUGUUGCAUGUACAAGUUGAGACUCAUGAAGAAUCUCGGCUAUUUGCUGCCAAACAUCCGUGGAGACAUGAUGAAGGAAACUGCACUGAUUGAUCUUCUACAAGAACAUGCCGCAUCUCCAUUCAGAAGACGUGAUCUUUCAGAGUGGCUGAAAGAGAGAGAAAGAGAGUCUGAGAUCAUAAAAACAGUCCUCAGACAGCUGAGCGAUUAUGGUGCACAGGUGGAAGUCAAAAUAGAUGCCAUCUUGAUGGAUCUGGAGGUUGGGAAUCUGGUCAGUUACACAUUCACAUCAUUGAACCACUCAGAUGUACUUCUUCUUCAACAAACUGCCUAUCUGAGUCCGUCAGCACAAGGAGAAACUGAUAAGAAGAGCCCUGAUUUCAAGCAAACGCAUUGGCUCACUCCAAAAGUCCAAAAGUCUAUGAGGAGCUAUUUGAAGAUAUUUAAGAACUUAAUUGAUUCAAAAGACUGUAAACCAGCCAAGUUUAUUGUGUCCGCAAAGGAAAUGGAGGAUGAUCCUGGUUCCUGCAUUCUUCUGUAUGAAAACGGAUGUGAUAAAGCUCUUUGCUUUAUUCCUCCAUCCAAACCAGCCUGUCCAGUCACUGAAGAGGUCAAAGGUCAGAGUGUGGUUCUGAAGGUGGUUCCUUCAUCAUGUCCUGCUACAGUGGAGCUCAGAUUACUGUAUAAACCGAAGCAGGACACAGUCUGGAGAUCUGAACCUGUGCAGAAGGAUCAACACACGGUUACUCUGACUGAUCUGAGAGAAGGAAUCGUGUUUGAGAUCAAAUGUGCAGCAGUGGGGAAACUCAACUACACCGUAUACAGUGAUGUCAUCAGAGUUACCACAGAGAGAAAAAGUAAGAAUAUUGGAACAACAGGAAUCAAAGUUGAAAAGAUAGAUAAUCUGUUUCACAGACUUCAUCUUGGAGAUAGGAACCACAAUAAACUGAGAGCUGCUGGUGUUCUUCAGAUAACCAAACAUUCAUUACAGUCCCAUGAGUCUUGUGCUGAAGAAGAGCUGAUUCGGAUUUUCAUACAAAAGCUACUGAUGAUGGACUACAGAGCAAGAUACUUAAAAGUUAAAGAAAACAAUGAGAAAGAUCACACGCAACAACAAGACUAUAACCCGUCUAAAGAUGAGGGUGAUAUGUUUCAUGAAAUGUCUUUGGCUAAUGAUAGAACAAGUCAAUCUGAGCGAAUCCAUCCAAUGGAUGUUCAGAUGGCUGUGUUUCAUUGUGCUGAUGGUUUCCUGAAGCAGCUGAUGGUGACUAAACUGUCCCAGUGUCAGUACGCUCUGCCUCUGCUUGUUCCUGAUCCAGUCACACAACAGAUUGAGUUUCCUCUCUGGACAUUCAGACGAUUCAACAAGAGCUGGAAGACGAGAAACGCCAAGAAUGAAACCAUCAGUCAAACCCAGCCGAUCUACAAGGCACAAACUCCAAUGGUGUUUUUCUUCAGGUUUGGCUCUGUGUCUUCAUCCAAGUCUCAGCUGAUGAACAGUCUGAUCAAUGGGAAACACAACACGUUCUUCCACAGGAACUGCCCAGGCAGCAGCAGAACCAGAGUCCUGAUGGAUGGAGUGGUGGAGAUCGCCUGGUUCUGUCCCUCUGGAACAAAUGAUGAUAAAUUCACUGACUGUGUUGCGUUCUGUAAUCUACACGGUGAUGCAGGAGACCAUGAGAAACAGCUGCAGAUCCUCACUGAAAUGGCCUCAGUCAAUGUUGUUCUUCUACCACAACUUCAGAGGAAUGACAGAAACAUGAAACAACUUGAUGAACUCCAAAAGGGCUCAAAGCCACUCAUUUGUCUUUUUACUGAGGAUGAAACUGCUGUAACUGUGUUGAAGGAAAAAUAUCGGAUUGGUCUGAAAAACAGAAAUCAGUCAGAUGUUUCUGAAGAGCUCAGAAGAGCCAUAAAGAAUUGUCUCUCAGAAUCAUCUUCCACUUUCAGACUUUCAGACUUGUCCAAACACUCAGACAUCAGAGUAGAUGAGGAAGAUGAUGAUGACUGCAGGAGAGGAAGAGCAGCAGCAAAACAAAUGAUGAGUUUACUGGAGAAGAAAGAUCUGAGAGGAAUCAAAGAAACAUUUCUGCCUCAUCAGGGGAAACUGUGGCAUCAGUGGAGUCAGAUAAACAAAGAACUACAUCGACCUCAAGGAGAUGAGAUAGAAAUGGACAUCAGUAGAAAACAAACAGACUUGAAGAAGAUUCGUGAACAGCAGCAUGCAUCUGAUAUAAGUGAGUUUGUGAAGCUCUUCAUUAAAGAAGUGAACACAGAUGCUGAACAUGAAAAGAUGUUUUUCGUUAAAUGGAUUGGAAUUCUCCUGAAUGAAUAUAUCUCAGCUGACCUUUCUGCUCUACAUCAUAAGUAUAAUGAAAAGUGGUCAACAGUCUUAACAAUGAAUGAUAGCAAAAAUAAAUCUGAGCAACUGACAACUGUACAAAUUGAUCUUGAGAGAAUAUCUAAGGAUCUUCAAGCUGCAGCCUUGGGUUUGGAGCACAUCAUGAGGGAGAUCGGUCAGAUCUAUGAAUCAUGUUCAUCUGUCAAGAAGAACAAGAAAGACCUCCCGGUUCACUUCUCUUCUCUCCCGAGCCUUGCAGCAGAGAUGAUGAUCUAUGGAUUUCCACUGGAGCUGAUGGAUGGAGAUGCUGCUCAUGUUCCUCUGAUCUGGAUCUCUGCUGUUCUAGAUCAACUCAUCCAGAAACUGGGAGACCAGCGAGUCUUUGUGCUGUCAGUUUUAGGACUUCAGAGCUCUGGGAAAUCCACCAUGCUGAAUGCAAUGUUUGGACUCCAGUUUGCCGUCAGUGCUGGCAGGUGCACCAGAGGAGCUUUCAUGCAGCUGGUCAGAGUCUCAGACGAGAUGAAAACACAGAUGAAGAUUGACUUUAUUCUGGUUGUUGAUACUGAGGGUCUUUGCGCUCCAGAACUGGCAGGAAAAUCAACAAAACAUGACAGUGAAUUGGCCACAUUUGUUGUAGGUCUUGCAAAUCUGACCUUGAUCAACUUCUUUGGAGAAAAUCCUGCUGAGAUGCAGGACGUUCUUCAGAUUGUUGUUCAAGCCUUCAUGAGGAUGAAGAAGGUCAGACUGAAUCCCAGCUGUGUGUUUGUGCAUCAGAACGUUUCAGACGUCACAGCUGGAGAGAAAAACAUGGAGGGAAGGAGAAGACUGCAGGAGACACUGGAUGAGAUGACAAAACUCGCUGCUAAAGAGGAAGAAUGUGAUGCAGAAUGUUUCAGUGAUGUCACUAAAUUUGAUAUACAAAAUGAUGUGAAGUAUUUUGCUCAUCUCUGGGAGGGCAGCCCACCAAUGGCACCUCCAAACCCAAACUACUGUGUUAAUAUUCAAGAACUGAAGGAAACUAUUAUGGAUUUUGCCUCAAAAUUACAUGGAAUGAUGCUGAUAGACUUAAAAGUUCGUAUUAAAGAUCUCUGGGAGGCUUUACAGAAGGAACCAUUUGUCUUCAGCUUCAAUUUCAAUGCUUUUGAGAUUGCAGCCUACAGGACACUGGAGCCUGAAUACAACAAGUGGUCCUGGAGUCUUUGCAGUGCCAUGAUGGAAACUGAGAACAAACUACACAACAAAAUAGAAAAUGGAACAAUUCAUGAGAUCGAAGAAACUGAUCUUAAAAGAGAAUUGAAGAAGACAAUUGAAGAAGUGAAAAAAUCAAUGUCUGAGUUCUUUGAGAAAGUCAGAGAUAAAGAUAAACUGAUUCAGUGGAAAGCAUCAUUUGACCUCAGAAUUAAAGAACUUCAGGAAAACAUUGUGAGAGAAACAAAGAGAAAAUUAAAUGAGCUUCUUCAGCAGCGAGACCUGAAGAAAAAGAUUGAUGCUCAGAGGACACAUUAUGAAAAUACUCUAUAUGAAAAGUGCAAACAACUUGCCUUAAAAUUUAAAGACAAAGCAAAUGAUGAGGAAACACUGAAGAAAGAGUUUGAUUCAUUUUGGGAACAGAGACUGAAUAAGAUCAUCACAGAUAUUCCUCCAAUCAAAGACAUUGACAUAAUGACAGAUUUGAAACAAAUCCUCAGUGACAUCUAUAAAAGUGCUCACCAUUACAGUGAGAGCUGUGAUAUUUUUACUGUGUCGACUUAUUCUGAAUAUGUUCUUUUCAGAAAGUCCUCAAAAAGAGUUAAAGAAACAAAUGGAUUUACUCAAAUUCUGUCUCCAGCGGAUGAAGCCCAGAUCAGAUCAUUAGUCACAGAUGUUGCUCUGCAGACAGACAUAAUGAUUCAGUCAUUUAACAUUUCAAAAAUGGGAUACAACAUCAGCCGCAUUCAAAAACUCACAGGUUACAUCAAGACAAGAGUAACAGAACAUCAGACAGGACAAGUGAAAUAUGUGUUCAAGAUUAAUUUCUUCAUGGAUUUGGUUCUUUCGAUCUGUAAGAGAGGAAACAAGAUGAUCACUGACCAACACAGACUGUUCAGGGAAGCCAAUGAUCCUGUAAUAUAUGUUGAGAAGAAGAGAGAGGAGUACUAUAGUAUUUUCCUGAAAUAUUGUUAUGGAGCAACAUCAGCUGCCAUUUUUGGAGAGAUCAUCUGUCAGAAACUUAAAAAGCCCAUUGAGCAGAGUGUCUACAAGAAGACUGCUAGAGAUCUGGCAAGUGAAAUGAGAUCAAACUGUGAAUCACUGAAUGGAAACAGAUCAAAUCUGGAGAAACACAUCCUGAAGACACUGGCAGAAAAGGAGGAUUUUGACAAGUACAUGAAUUACAUUCAUGAACCCAGAGAUCACUUCAAGAGUUUCAUCAGAGAUGAAGUCAGUCGUUACAUCACUGAUAAGUUCAGUGUCAGUGUUUUACCCAAGAUGAAGGACAACAUUAAACUCCUGCAGCAGAAGAUCAUGAAAGCAGCUCAUGAAUCUACUGAACAUGUCAAAUUGAACAGAGGAGAUGUUGGUUUGUGGUUGAAGAGUUUCACACAGCGGCUCUCAGAUGACCUGAUCUUCUCUGAAAAAGACCUCAGUGGAGUCAAACAUGAUGAUGUUGAUGUGAAACUCCUAGAAGAUGUGAUGGAGAAAGAACUUCCUGCUAUGUCUGAAAUCAGUGAGAACUUCAACACAAAGACAUUUCCAGUUAAGCUGGACUAUAAAUCCAGACCAGAUGAGCUUCUGAUUGAUCACUUCUGUUGGUGCUGUUGGGCACAGUGUCCUUUCUGCACCAACACUGUAGAAAACCAUGAUGGAGAUCACAAUGUUGCUUUCCACAGAGUGAGAGGAACUAAAGGGUGGCAUUUCUCUCAAACUCAGAAUCUCUGUGCUGUUAUUUGCACCAAAUUAGUGGCAUGUGAUCAGGAUUUCUAUGAACCAGAUGGAACGUUCCCUUUGAGAGAACAUAGAAGGGCAGGAGGAGUUUAUGCAGACUGGAGCAUCACCCCUGACCUCUCUGAACUGCCCUACUGGAAGUGGUUUCUGUACAGAUUCCAGAAAGAUCUGGAAAAAUACUACAAUAAAACAGUUGAUGGAUAUGGUAAGAUCCCAGAUGAAUGGAAAAAAUAUUCAAAACAAGAUGCUAUUGAGAGUUUGGGUCAAUGCAUCUAAUGGAGAAGAUGAACAUUGUAAAUCUUCUGUCUUCUCUCAGAUUUUCCUCAAGUCACAGCCAGAAAUUAGUUUCUAUUAACACCAGUUAACACCUCAAUCAACACCACAUAGAGGACAAUAUUCAAUCUAAAUGUUCUGUUCUACAGAGCAGGAAAUAUCCUAAAACGAUUUACAUUUCAUAAAUUUUAAUUGUAGACAUUUUUAUUGAAGAAAAAUAAACAUGCAACUUUCAACAAAACUGAAUUGUUUAUAGAUUUGUAUUUUUUUUUGUAUGUUUAGAGGUUAAAUUAGCUGUAGAUACUAACAUGAUUAAGUGAGUAUAAGAAAUAAGUUGUAAAUAAAUAAUAAUUAAGUAAAUAACAAUAAAGUUCAGAUUAUAAAAUUAUCUGCUGUUUAAUAAUACAAACAAAGGCAUCUUUUUUUUGCAACAUUACUGCGGACCCCAGUUCAUCUCCAAAGUAUGGAACACCUUUUUCACCCUCCUAGGUGUGUCCGUCAGCCUCUCCUCAGGCUACCAUCCGCAGUUAAACGGGCAGACGUAAAGAAAGAUCCAAGAAAUAGGCCGCUUCCUACGAACCUUCUGCCAUGGCCACCAGAACUCUUGGAAUCAGUUUCUAGGCUGUGUCGAGUACGGGCAGAACUCUCUUUAUCAGCCCUCCACUGGACUCACUCCCUUUCAGUAUGAAAAAAUAAGAUGUACAAAAACUGGCUUGUACUUUUAAAUCUAUAAUAUUAUAAAAUGACAGUUUUUGACUGGUCUGUGGUUUUACACUGCUGUAAUUUUGAAAGAUUUCAUAUUAUUGGGUGAGGUGUAUGAAAAUCACACAGCUUCAGUGUAACAUCAAUAGGAAAAAGUACAAAUUCAUAGAUAGUCAGUAAUACUUGUUCAUAUUAAAAUAUUUAUAAACUUAAUACAUGACCUUUAUACAUAAGUAAUAUUUAACAAAAUCUUGUAAUUUUAACAGAUAUUACAUGAAAUUUAUUAAAAAUGGUUUCUUCUCCUAUUAAGCUCACUGUGCAGACUUUAAAUAUAAAUGAUGGUUGUCACUAAAAGUUAAUCUUUGUAAAAUUAUUAAUAACUUAUUUUCACAGCUUUAAGAUAACAAAAUCUAAGUGUAAUUAUAGUUUAUGCCCCUACACGACUUUUAAAAUUUGAACAAAUUUUUAAAACAUCAGGCAUCAUACAUACGCUUACCGGCUUAUAAUAGUAUAAUAGUAUUGUAAAUAGUCACAAAGGAAAAUUGGGCAUCAUACACUAAACGACUGAGAAUGAUACACUACCAGACUU